AUGGGUCUCCCGACUGAGCAGCGUGCGGCAGUCAGAAGGGGCGAAGGCCAGGAAACUACGGCUCCCGUCAAGACAGUUCCCGUACCGCAAGAGCCAGGACCAGGCCAGAUCUUGGUGAAGAUCAAUUGGACAGGAUUAUGCGCCUCCGACAAAUCCCUCCUACACGACGAAUGGCAGGUCUUCGGCGUGAAGAUGAUGGAGCAGUCAAGUGGAAUCGCUGGCCAUGAAGGCGCUGGGGAGGUCGUUGCUGUGCAUCCAGAUGUGAGCGAGCUCUGGAAGGUCGGUGAUCGAGCGGGAGUGAAGUGGGUGGCGUCCGUGUGCCGUCACUGCGAGUUCUGUACUAAUGGAACUGAUGAGCUGCAUUGUCCCAAGCAGCUGAAUUCUGGCCUUUCCGUUCCAGGCACUUUCCAGGAAUAUUGUUUGACAGAUGGUCGCUAUGCCACUCGCAUACCGGCCGGUGUGUCCGACGAAGAGGCAGGCCCAAUCAUGUGUGGAGGUGUGACUGCAUACACUGCGUGCAAGAGAAGUGCUGUGAAGCCAGGGCAAUGGCUCGUCGUUAUUGGGGCUGGAGGUGGGCUUGGUCAUUUUGGCGUGCAGUACGCAAAAGCCAUGGGCAUGCGGGUCAUUGCGAUCGAUGGAGGCGACGAGAAGGACCGGCUUUGCAAAGAUCUCGGUGCUGAGGCGUAUAUUGAUUAUACCAAGGUUCAAGACCUCCCAGCCGAGGUCCUUAGGUUGACGACCUAUGGUGCGCAUGGCAUCAUCGUCUUCGCGGCGAGUCGUCAAGGCUAUCAAGUGGCUCCAGCAUUGGCUCGUCCUGGAGGUACCAUUGUCGCCGUUGGUCUUCCCGCGCAGGCGGACAUCAUUGCAGGUGCACCUCCCGUCGCUCUGGCUAUGAAGCGGCUCAACAUUGUCGGAUCUGUGACGGGAACGCUUAAGGACGUUGAAGAAGCGCUUGACUUUUGUGCUCGGGACUUAGUACAUCCCAUCCUGACGAAGGGCACGCUUGAUGAUGUCGACAAGUUCUGCAAGCUUCUGAGUGAAGGCAAGCUGCCAGGCCGGGCGGUAUUGAAGGUUGCAGCGUAG